GCGGCGGCCGUGUGAGGAGGAGGAGCAGCGGGGAAGGACGGUUGGUCGCGUGAGCGGCGGCGAGUGAGGAGGAGUGGUGGUGGUAGUGGUGCGCGGGCGCGCGCGCGCGCGCUGGGCGCUGUUGCUCCUCCUGCUGCUGCUGCUGCCGCCGCAGCGGCGGCUGUGUAUGUGUGUGUGUUUGUGUGUGUGAGGAGAGAAGGAAAAAGGAGCCCCGCUCAGAGCCCGGCGCUGGGACCGGCCCGCCAUGGAGUAAACCGGAGAACAACGCCGCCGCCGCCGCCUCCUUUUUAUUCUUGGGGCGCCUUGGAAGGAGGACCUGUGACUGAGUCGUCUGAGGAGGAGUUGCCACAGCCGCCGCCGCCGCCGCCACUGAGGAGAGGGAGCCGCCGCCGCCUCCUCCGUCGCCGCUUCUCGCCCGCUCGCCGGGCUCGGGGCUAGCGGGGGAGCGAUGGCGGCGCGGGGAGCCCCUCGGCGGCUCCUCCUCGGCUCCUUCUGGGUGGUGUUUCUCCUCGGGCAGCGCCCGGAGUCGAGCGUCGCCGCCGCCGCCGCCGCCAGGAGCAGCUCUUCGCCUCAGCAGCAGAACCUCCCGCCCGCAGGACCCACAGUGAGGACUUUUACUCCAUUUUAUUUUACUGUGGAGCCAGUGGACACUCUGUCAGUUAGAGCUUCAUCUGUUAUACUGAAUUGUUCAGCUUAUUGUGAGUCAUCUCCAAAAAUCGAAUGGAAAAAGGAUGGGACUUUCUUAAACUUGGUGUCAGAUGACCGACGCCAGUUGCUACCAGAUGGAUCUUUAUUAAUCAACAGUGUAGUGCAUUCUAAGCACAAUAAGCCUGAUGAAGGGCAUUAUCAGUGUGUUGCAACUGUGGAAAGCCUUGGAACCAUUGUAAGCAGAACAGCUAAGCUCACAGUAGCUGGACUUCCAAGAUUCAUCAGUCAGCCGGAGUCAGCAUCAGUCUAUAGAGGAAACAGCAUAGUUCUUAAUUGUGAAGUAAAUGCUGAUCUAGCACCCUUUGUAAGGUGGGAGCUAGAUCAUGAGCCACUCUUUCUGGAUGACCGCGUAUUCAAAUUGCCAAGUGGAGCUUUAAUUAUUAGUAAUGCUACAGAUGAAGAUGGCGGAACAUACUGUUGUAUUAUUGAAAUUGGUGGUUCUCCCAAAUACAGUGAUGAAGCAGAGAUUAAAGUUCUUCCAGAAUCUGAAGUUGCCUCAAAUCAGGUGUUCCUGAGACAGCCUUCUUCACUUACCAAAAUUACUGGGCAGAAUGCCGUUUUGCCAUGUGUUGCUACAGGCAUUCCCAUUCCUGUUAUCAGAUGGACAAGGAAUGAAGAAGAGCUUGUUACAGAAAGUUCUAAAAAUUAUUUAUUGCUGGCUGGAGGGACUCUGAAGAUCAACGAAAUCACAGAAGAUGAUGCUGGAACAUAUACCUGUAUUGCAGAUAAUGGAAAUGAAACAAUUGAAGCUCAAGCUGAUCUGAUUGUACAAGCUCCUCCUGAGUUUCUGAAGCAACCCUCUAAUAUUUAUGCUCAUGAAUCCAUGGAUAUUGUGUUUGAAUGUGAUGUGACUGGGAAGCCAACUCCAACAGUGAAGUGGGUAAAGAAUGGAGAUGUGGUGAUCCCUAGUGACUACUUUAAAAUUGUAAAUGAGCAUGACCUACAAGUUUUAGGUCUAGUGAAAUCGGAUGAAGGAUUUUAUCAGUGUAUUGCAGACAAUGAUGUGGGAAACAUACAGUCUGGAGCCCAGCUGAUAAUACUUGAUCAUGAUGUUGCCAUCCCAACAUUACCUCCCACUUCACUGACCAGUGCCACUACUGACCAUCUAGCACCAGCUACAAGUGGACCGUUGCCUUCUGCCCCUCGAGAUGUUGUGGCUUCCCUUGUCUCUACCCGCUUCAUCAAGCUGACCUGGAGAACACCUGCAUCCGAUCCUCAUGGAGACAAUCUCACCUACUCUGUGUUCUACACCAGGGAAACCGUAAACAGGGAGCGUGUUGAAAACACAAGCCAUCCUGGGGAAAUGCAAGUGACAAUUCAAAACUUGAUGCCUGAGUCUGUGUAUGUUUUCAGAGUGGUAGCUCAAAACAAACACGGGCCUGGAGAAAGUUCAUUGCCACUUAAGGUGGCAACGCAACCUGAGGUUCAGCUUCCUGGCCCGGCCCCUAAUAUUCGAGCAUAUGCAAACUCACCCACAUCAAUCACUAUUAGUUGGGCAACACCUUUAUCUGGCAAUGGUGAAAUCCAAAACUACAAGCUGUACUACAUGGAGAAGGGAGCAGACAAUGAGCAGGACAUUGAUGUUGGAGGUCUUUCCUAUACAAUCAGUGGUUUGAAAAAAUACACAGAAUAUAGUUUCCGAGUGGUGGCCUACAAUAAACAUGGUCCAGGAGUUUCCACACAAGAUGUUGUUGUUCGAACUCUGUCAGAUGUUCCCAGUGCUGCGCCCCAAAAUCUAACUCUGGAAGUGCAAAACUCCAAGAGCAUUAUGAUGCAUUGGCAGCCCCCUCCUGCAGGAACACACAAUGGGCAAAUUACUGGCUAUAAGAUCCGUUACCGAAAAGUAACUCGCAAAAGCGAUGUGACUGAUAUUGUUGGGACACAACUUUCACAGCUAAUUGAAGGUCUGGAACGAGGAACAGAGUACAGCUUCCGGGUGGCUGCUUUAACGGUCAAUGGUACAGGACUACCUACUGAUUGGGUGUCAGCAGAAACAUUUGAAAGUGAUCUUGAUGAAUCUCGUGUUCCAGAAGUUCCAAGUUCCCUACAUGUCCGUCCACUUGUAACUAGUAUUGUUGUGAGCUGGACUCCACCUGAAAACCAGAACAUUGUGGUCAGAGGUUAUGCUAUAGGGUAUGGUGUGGGUAGCCCCCAUGCACAGACCAUCAAGGUGGAUUAUAAGCAACGAUAUUAUACUAUUGAGAAUUUGGAUCCCAGUUCCCAUUAUGUCAUAACUUUAAAAGCCUAUAACAAUGUUGGAGAAGGAAUUCCGCUGUAUGAGAGUGCAGUUACUAGGGCUUAUACAGACACUUCUGAGGUUGAUUUAUUUGUUGUUAAUGCUCCGUACACUCCAGUGCCAGAUCCCUCCCCCAUGAUGCCACCUGUGGGAGUUCAGGCUUCCAUACUGAGCCAUGACACCAUUCGAAUCACCUGGGCAGACAACUCUCUGCCAAAGAACCAGAAGGUCUCGGAUGCCCGUUACUACACAGUACGCUGGAAGACGAACAUUCCUGCAAACACGAAAUACAAGACUGCAAAUACCACCACUUUAAGCUUCUUAGUAACUGGCUUAAAACCGAACACUUUGUAUGAGUUCUCGGUGAUGGUGACUAAAGGCCGAAGAUCAAGUACUUGGAGUAUGACUGCACAUGGAACUACUUUUGAAUUAGUUCCAACUUCUCCGCCUAAGGAUGUGACAGUAGUGAGCAAAGAAGGAAAACCCCGAACCAUCAUAGUCAACUGGCAGCCACCAUCUGAAGCCAAUGGCAAAAUUACAGGAUACAUCAUUUACUAUAGUACAGAUGUCAACGCCGAAAUACACGAUUGGGUCAUUGAGCCAGUAGUGGGAAAUAGAUUGACCCACCAGAUUCAAGAGUUAACACUUGACACAGCAUAUUAUUUCAAAAUUCAGGCCCGUAACUCCAAAGGCAUGGGUCCUAUGUCAGAGGCAGUGCAGUUCAGAACACCUAAAGCUGAAUCUUCAGAUAAAAUGUCUAAUGAUCAAGCAUUGGGGUCCGCAGGAAAAGGAAAUCGGCCAGUGGAUGUUGGGCCAGACUAUAAAACACCUAUGAGUGGCAGUAACAGCCCUCAUGGAAGCCCUUCUCCUUUGGAGUACAAUAUGCUUUUGGUAAUAAUAGUGUCUGUGGGAGUGAUCACCAUUGUUGUGGUGGUAAUUGUUGCGGUCUUCUGCACACGCCGCACCACCUCUCACCAGAAAAAGAAGCGAGCUGCAUGCAAAUCUGUGAAUGGGUCACAUAAAUACAAAGGAAAUUCUAAGGAUGUCAAACCCCCUGACCUUUGGAUUCACCAUGAAAGACUGGAGCUGAAACCCAUUGAUAAAUCUCCAGAUCCUAAUCCAAUCAUGACAGACACCCCAAUCCCUCGGAAUUCCCAAGACAUUACGCCAGUUGACAACUCCAUGGACAGCAAUAUCCACCAAAGACGGAACUCAUACAGAGGGCAUGAGUCAGAGGAUAGCAUGUCCACACUUGCAGGAAGAAGGGGAAUGAGACCAAAAAUGAUGAUGCCAUUUGAUUCUCAACCACCUCAGCCUGUGAUUAGUGCUCAUCCCAUCCAUUCCCUUGAUAACCCCCACCAUCAUUUCCACUCCGGCAGCCUCGCUUCUCCAACCUGCAGCUAUCUCCAUCACCAGGCAAACCCAUGGCCAGUUGGCACAUCCGUGUCCCAUUCAGACAGGGCUAAUUCCACAGAAUCUGUUCGGAAUACACCUAGCACAGAUACCAUGCCAGCUUCCUCAUCUCAGACAUGUUGUGCUGACCACCAGGAGCCAGAAAGUGCCACAGGAUCUUAUCUGCCCAGUACGCAGGAGGAGGAGACGAGCCAAAGCCUCCCUACUGCCCAUGUUCGUCCUUCUCAUCCUCUGAAGAGCUUUGCAGUGCCAGCAGUUCCACCCACUGGGGCAACCUAUGACCCUGCCUUGCCAAGCACACCUUUAUUAUCCCAGCAAGCUUCUAGCCAUCCAGUUCAUUCAGUGAAGACUGCAUCAAUUGGCACCCUAGGGAGAACUCGACCUCCUAUGCCAGUCGUGGUACCAAGUGCCCCUGAAGUCCAGGAAACAACAAGGAUGCUCGAAGACUCAGAAAGUAAUUAUGAACCAGAUGAGCUGACCAAAGAGAUGGCCCACCUGGAAGGACUAAUGAAGGACCUUAAUGCCAUCACAACAGCAUGACCACCUUCCCCAAGAAAGGACUCCAAAUCCUGUUUCACAGGUCUUGGGACUUAAUCUUGGAGCACAAGGAAAUGUACAAAGACUAGGGGACAGCACAAGAGGGAUAUUCAACCAGCUGCAGUAUCAGUGCCAAUGCUGGUUAACCAAGUGACUUUUCUAUUCAUUACCUGAAAUGAACCUGUUGGAAAGUUGGAUUCCACUUCCUGCUAAGAUGUUGCAAGAAAUGGCUGAGGGAGACGCGCCGAUGUGAUGAAAUCCAGUAUACAGACAAAGAAGUGGACUUAGCAUUAAUUUGAGUCAGGUUUUGUCUCAGUGCUGUGACCUUCCCUGCAUUUUCAGUGUUGGACAUUCACAUUUAUGUACAAUUUUAUUUGUGUGUUUUUAUUUUAUUGUAUCUUUUUUAUUAAAAAAAGUGUAACCUGAAGAAAAAGAAAUUUGUGUUGUUUCCCACAGCCUAGACAGAUGUUUGAUUGCUUGUUCUAUUGUGUACGGGAAUUCAUUGCCAGUGUGGAAUGUUCGGUUUGUUUUAUGUUUUAUUUUUUAUUUUUAGUGUGUGUAUAAUUAUAUCACCUUCCAGCAGUUAAUCCAUGACCUUGGGGGAUGCUGCAUCGCUAUUUGUAAGCUUUUUUAUUUUUAUAUUAUAAUUAUUAAAAGCCUGACUAGAUUCUCUCUCAUCACUGUGAGAUUAGCUGCCUGUUUGGAUUGAAAUCUAACACUGAGAAACUUUUUGUUUGUUUUAUGUUUGCCUUUUCAAUAUGGGGUGGAGGUAGGCACUGGGAAGGAAGCCACUGAGCGGAAAGAUGUUUAACUGUUUCCGAGGAAUGGGUCCAGUACAGCUUGAUCCGUAUGAGUAGCCCCAACAUCCCUUGGAGAAUACCCAGAUGAGCAAAUGUAAUGUGCAAAGCGAGUGAUUCUGAAUAGUAAUUGCAACAAUUCCCUCAUCACAGUGAUCGGGGAAAGUGCUACAGUUAUCACGGGAAUGGCCCCUGACUGUGUCUGUGAUUAUCAGUUUGCACAUUACCUCUGCCUGUGUAAGCACAUACCAGGAGACACUUGGCAUUACUCAUGUGAACAAGAAAACCUAUUGUGUGGACAGGCUCUAAGUCGUGAAAGAGAUUUUUUAAAAAAACAACAACAACAACCUAUCAUUUGCUUUGUGAGCUACUCAUUAAGUGUGUCUGGCUAUUAAAUGGAUGGGGGCUGGAAGCUUUAUUGAGAAAUGUAGGGUUGUUUAGCAUCAGAUACCACAGUGUGUCUUGGCAGCAGAAAUUUCUGUUUUGAUGUUUUAUUUGAAAGAUAACCUCUUUAACAUUUACAUUGCAUCUUGAGUUUUAUUCCAGAUCUUUUAAUGUACAGAGGUUAGUAGUAGAUGGGGGGGCACUUUUCCCUGUAGUUGUACACCCUCCCAUAGGUCUUCAAAAAUACCUUCAGUGUUAAACCACAAUUAGCAAAACGUCUUUUGCAGGCUUAUUUAUUCUAAACGGAAACAAAACCUAGGUGUACAAUGUUUGUGACUCAGGUGCCGCUUGGAAAAAAAAGGGAAGCUAAAAGGAGAUGUUAUUCCCUUUAUACUAUUUGCUGCCCAGUUUGACAUACCACCAUCCUCUCUAUUGGGUGGUGACUUAACAUAAUAAAAGAGACUGAUUUUGUAAAAAAAAAUCCCGCUGCUUUUGGAAUUCAGGUGUACACUCAAAAGGGUUGGAAGGUGGAAAAGAAGCAAAAGGUCAUAAUAGGUAGUUUUCUUUAGCAAAUUUGUUCUGUGUAAAGCAGUGUUAUUUUAGGGUCAGUAUUAGCAGUGCUGUUGGAGGAAAUAGCCCAUAACCCUUGGAGUUUGCAGUGCUCUGAUCUGAGGCAGACUUCACUGGAUCCUUUAAAUUGCCAUGUGAAUGAGGCUAGAAUGGUUUUUAUUACUGGCUAACUCAAGUUUGAAAACACCCAGCCACUGCUCUCUACUGAGAACCAGUAUCAGGAGAGAAUUACUUAAAGGGAUGAAGAGGUACGGGGAAAGGAGGGAUGCUUAACCCUUCCCAGCCCUUCCCUUUCUUUCCUUGAAGCAACUCCUUCAAGCUGCUUUCCCUUCACAGAGUUCCAGACUUUGCUUCUGGCUUUGUAUCAGCAGAUUCAUCUUGAAGACUUCUUGGAAGCAAUUAUGGAAAAUAGGGAUGCCGACAGACUAGAAUUGACUAGUGGUUUCUGAUGAUGAGCACUGAAGAAAUGUAUUAAUUCAUUCUGAUUAGCAGCUAUAACAUAUGCAUAAGAAAAGCCAUUUAUUUUUUAAAUACUGUACUGAAUUUACAAUGAGAUAAUUAAGUGCCAUGUUCACCUAGCUCAGUGUUCUGUCUUCCAACAGUGAACAUCCUAAUGCCCCAGAGACAUUCACAGUCCUAGUACGUGGGUGUAGAUUCCUCCCCAGUUUAUUCUCAUAGGUUAAUAGGAUGCUUAUUUUGGGUUGGGGCAGUCAGCAAAAAGUCCAUCAUAAGAGCAAACUGGCACACCUGCAAAAUAGGCAUUGAGUAAAAUUAGAUGAGGUUUGGGUUGGGGAGAGAGAAGGAUUCAGACACUGGCCUGGAUCCAAUUAUCUGUUCUCUGUAUGUGUGGUGGAGGUUUUUAUUUUCCUUAAUACUUUGGUAUGCAGAAGGAAGGGGAGAGGUGCCACACACACACACACACACACACACGCCUCAUAAAUCAGAAAGCGCUUCCAGUGAGGGAGAGGAGAAUUUUUUAAUAGUACAUUAAAAGGCCCACAGGUGUUGAAAUGCACUUCUCUGGAUCUGGGCUAUUUGGUAUGAUCCGGAGCCCUGUAUAAUCAGGGUGGGCAUCUAUAAUCAAAAGGGGCUUCCCAUUCCUGCGAAAGGGAAUGUUCCAUGUGGCUGUUUUCCUUUGUACAUGCAAAGUUCUUGUGAAGAACAGGAAAUCCUUUGUGUAGGGUCCUCAUUGCGUCCACUGAAUUCAGUUAGUGCACGCAUUCCGCUCCUCAGAUGUGUACAUUUCUCUUUCAUAUCUAUACCCAAAGAAAUUCCAUCAUGUGUACUCAGUAUUUCCCCCACUGGUGGAUUUUUGUGAAUAUAUUGCUAAUUUACGUCGAACACCAUGAAUGUCAAUAUUGCCAUGAAUCUGGGAAUGGGGUGGGGGAUAUUUUUAAUAAUAAAACAACUGUUCAAAGUUGGUUUUUUAAGGUUAAAACAAAAAAGGAAACAUUUAUUCAAGUCAGUGUACAAUAUGUAUUGCACUUUUUCACAUUUUAACACUGUUUUUUACAUAUCUUGUGAUUUUAAAUUUGGAACAUUGUGUAUCUUGUAGUGUCAUAGCUAAGCUGCUCUGCGGCAGCUUCCUCCAGCUGAAUAUGGAGAAGGGGGUGGGAAGACCUGUCUAUUGUUUUACAGUUCUGAUGUAGGAGAGUUCUGAGGACUGCUGUAAACUUCUUCCUUUCUGUACAUUUUUUUCCCUGUAGUAUUUGCUGUAUACUCUAUAAAUUUUUAAUACUGUCAUGUUUAUUAUUUGGUAUUGGAUAUCCAAUACACUUUUUUAAUCUAAUCGA